AUGAGACACGACCAUUUUAGUCUUCGGAAGCAGUGGAUUGAGGAAGAACAAAAGCAACUGUUGAGCUCAGUCAAUGGUCUCUACAAAGUUGGCGGUAGAGUUUCUUACGUAGUCUUCCGUGGGCACAGACUCGCAAUUAUUGGCAAAUGGUGUCUACCUCUCCACUAUGAUACGCAAGAGGAUGAGGUUCUGGAGCUUGUCACCAUUUCGAAGAGCCUUGAUGAAUCUGAGCCCGCUUUGGAAGUUGAAAGCGGGCAAGGCCCCAACACUGUGAUCCUAGCGUUCGAGAUUGGGGAGAGACACGAGGAACCGGGGUGGCGCAAACUUGGUGGAGUUCUAGGUUUUUUGCCGCAAAUCCUUGAAGUGGUUCUUUUCACUCGCCAAGGGACGCGGAAAUGCAAUGACCCUGACUUUGAGCUGUUAUUCUGGCAGGACCACAGCUUCGUUUCCUCAGAAAUAUUGCCUGCUACUUUCACCGUGAUCCAGUUGGAGAAACUGAAACAAAGUGUAGCUUUCGUCCAAAACGAUCCAGCAUCCUAUGCUCGAGCUCUCAAGAACUGCAAGGAUCUCGCCCAUGGCAGAGUCCUCCACACGCAAAUCCUCGCCAGCGAGCACCGGGAGAGCGUCUUCUUGGGCAACCACCUUGUGGAGAUGUACGGAGAAUGUGGCAGCGUUGUGGACGCGCGAAGGGUCUUCGAUGAGAUCCAGCCGCCCAAUGUGCACACGUGGACGAUCAUGCUCAAGGCGUAUGCCCGCAAUGGGCACCUGGCCCAGGCCAAAUCCCUCUUCGACGAUAUGCCCGUACGGAAUGUUGUGUCGUGGACGUCCAUGCUGGCGGCGUACGUGCAGGGUGGCCAAAUUGACGACGCGAGACGAAUAUUCGACUCCAUUGCCAGAAAGAAUGUUGUGACUUGGAAUGUUAUGUUAUCAGCAUAUGCCGUUGAUGGGCAUUUUUGCGAAGCGAAAGAAUUGUUUGACCAAAUCAAGGACAAAAACGUGGUUACUUGGACUAUUAUGUUGUCAGCUUACAUACACUGUCAGCCAUUGGGUGAUGCAAGAAUAUUCUUUGGUUCCAUGCCCAAGCGCAAUGUGGUGUCUUGGAACUCGAUGCUUAGUGCAUAUGCCCGUAAUGGGGAUUUAGAAGAGUUAAAACUUCUGUUUAAAGAAAUGCCUCACCGCGACGACGUAUCGUGGAAUAUUUUGCUUAAAACGUACUGUUUGCGUGGUGAUUUGCAUGAGGCUAGGAAAUGUUUCGAGAAAAUGCCGAGAAGAGACGUGGUGUCUUGGACUACCUUACUUGCAGCAUAUGCCCGCCAGGGGCAUAUGCUGGAAGCGUUAGAAAUGUUUGAAAAGAUGCCACUUCGCGAUACAGCGGCAUGGAACUGCAUGAUAAACCUUUGUGUUGAGAAUAAUUAUCUACCGCGAGCAAGAUCUAUCUUUGAGAAGAUGGAAAGACGAGAUCUCGUUUCGUGGAAGACGAUGAUCGGAGCUUACACUGCGAGUGGCAAUCUCGACCAAGCGAAGGAUCUCCUGGAUCAAAACCCAUUCCAGGACGUGGUUUCUUGGACCUCUUUGAUCUCGGCCUGGUCCCAGAGGGGCGAUGCUACAUCAGCGUUUAGGAUCUUUCAAGGAAUGGUUAUGGAGGGAGUGACGCCCAACGCGAUCACCUUCUUGGUCGUGAUCGAUGCCUGUGCCGGGAGCGCCGAUCUUGCCAGAGGCCGAGUUGUCCACCAGAUCAUCCUGGAGGAGCAGCCCAGCAUCGUGCUCCACGAUAUCGCGCUGGGAAACUCGCUGCUCAAUCUCUACAGCAAAUCCGGGAGUGCGGACGAUGCAAGGGAGAUCUUCGAGCGCAUGAAGCAGCGCGAUGAGAUCAGCUGGAACUCGAUGGUCGCGGCGUAUGCUCGAUCGAAGAAACCAUCGCUGGCCCUGGAGGUUUUCCGUGCCAUGAAUCUGGAAGGCAUCGCAGUGACCGAGGCGACGCUAAUUCACAUCAUGGCGAUGUCCAGCCAUGCCGGAUCUCUGAUCAGCGCGAGGGAUUGCUUUGUUUCCACGUCCCAGGAUUUUGGAAUCGAUCACAAGCUGGAUCACUACAGCUGCAUGGUGGAUCAUUUGAGCCGAGCUGGGAAAUCUCGCGAGGCGGAGGAGCUGCUAAGAUCCAUGCCAUUCGAGCCCGAUUUGAUCGCAUGGAAAUCUCUCUUGGGCGCUCGAGAGGAUAAUUUACAGCGGGUAGAUUCUAAAACUUCCUAUGUUCUAGUCAGUAAUAACUUCUACAUUUUCACUUGA